GUUUCCUUUACUGUGGCCCUCAGAAUGUGACCCUUCAGCACUCUGGUUGGAUGCUCCUGUUAUCAUGGGAAGACCAGCCUUCAUGCUCUGCAGUACAGGAUGUGCUCAUCUAUCAACUAGUGGUUCUCAGAACAGGCCAACAAGUCCACUAUUUUGGUUUUAAGGAUGAAGUUUCUGUGACAUCCGACCAGAUAGAAUCGACCCACUACUGGAACUGGACUUCCUCUUUGGCCUUGGAGUGUGCUUCCCAUUCAGUCAGGCUCAGGUCCCAGACAAGCCCUUGGAAAGAGCAGACCAUUCCUGGGAAGCAAACCUCGGAAGGGCCAGAGGUUUUUCCAAAGGACGAAUGGUUCAAGGUUGGCAGUACAGUCACUUUCUGCUGCAUUCUGCCUUCAAGGGAAGCCUUCAGCACAAUGUAUCUGACUGGCUAUGAUGGAGCACAACUGAACACUACCAGCAAUCAGACAUAUGCCCUGACCGUCCAUCUGAAUCAAGUGUCAGAAAACAGCUGUACCAAUGUAAUAUGUAAAACAAAAACAAACAAGGAGAAUGGUGCCUGUGUUUAUAUUGGCUACCCACCUCGUUACAGAGACCUUCGGUGUGAAACCCGAGAUUUGGAAUCAGUUGAAUGUCAGUGGACAGUAGAAGGAGGAAAAAGCCGGCCCUUUAAAAAGCCAAAAGAUCCUCAGCUUCUGGGAAGGCCAUGCCCAAUGCCGUCUGAGGGCAGAUGCUCUCAAAAGGUGGAGAAAGUAGGUGUUGGUGAGAGAAACUGGAGAUUGACAGCACAAAAUGAGUUUGGGAAGGCUGAGCUUUCAGACACUGCAGACCUAUCCAAGAGAGUGCAUAUGUUUGCUCCUAAUGGAGUGAAAGCUGUGACUGUGAAUGCCAGAAGUGUCAUCCUGCAGUGGGACUGGACAGUGCAACAGUACAACAUUCUCAAUAUUACUUGCCAAGUACACAUGCGCUGUGGUGAAAUUACCAUUAUUGAAAACUUUGGAGUUGGUCUUAAUUGUGCAGUUUUGAAUGGCUUGAUACCAAAUUGGACGUAUAAUGUGACAGUAAGAUGUGGAACAGCACAAUAUUUCUGGAAAUGGAGUGACUGGAGCAAGAAAGUCCUCUUUCAAACCUAUGGUGAUGUUCCAGAAGCUCUUGAUGUGUGGAUGCAGAUGGAGGGCAACCAAGUAAAGAUUAUCUGGAAAGUAA